AUGGAGAAUUUUUACAAAGCCAAUGGGACAUCAAUAACCACAUUUACCCUUCUGGGAUUUGGAAAUGACCCCAAAUUACAAAUUCCAUUCUUCAUGAUGUUCGUAAUCAUCUACACUAUGACAUUGGUUGGAAACAUCAUAAUCAUCACUCUGGUAAUCUCUGACCAUCACCUUCAUACUCCUAUGUACUACUUCCUUGGAAACCUGUCCUGCUUGGAGACCUGCUACACUUCAACUGUCCUCCCCAGGAUGUUAACUAGCUUCCUGACAGGGGAUAGAACUAUAUCUGUUGGUGGCUGCUUUGCACAGUUUUUUUGGUUUGGAACCUUGGCAAUUGCUGAAUGCUAUCUGUUGGCUGACAUGUCCUAUGACCGCUAUUUAGCCAUAUGUAAGCCCCUCCACUAUGCCACUCUUAUGAAUGGGGAACUCUGCUUUCUCUUGUCGGCUGGGUCCUGGCUCUGUGGGAUUACAGUUAUGACAAUAGUAGUAAGUUUAAUGUCACAACUAUAUUACUGUGGUCCCAGUGAAAUUGAUCAUUUCCUAUGUGAAGUGACACCGGUGAUAAUUCUUUCUUGCAGUGACACCACUUUGGUGACACUGGUGGUUCAUAUACUGUCAAUCAUAAAUGUUUGUUCUUUUUUCCUGACAAUGUCAUCUUAUGUGUGUAUAAUUGCCACCAUCUUACAGAUUCCAUCUUCAACAGGAAAGAAAAAGGCCUUUUCUACCUGUUCUUCCCACCUUAUUGUGGUUUCUAUAUUUUAUGGAUCAUUAAUGUUUGUAUAUGUGCUUCCAAAAAAGGACACAUUGUGGGAAGUGGACAAAAUCUUUUCAGUCUUCUACUCAGUCUUAACCCCUCUAAUCAAUCCCCUUAUCUACAGCCUGAGGAACAAAGAGGUGAAAGAAGCCUUAAGGAGAGCCAUUAAAAAGUGCAAGGUUUUAGAAUAA